GACAAUAUACUAGCAUUACCCAUCCGAAAAAAUCGUCUAAGCUCUUCCCGCCGGUAUAUUAUCACCUUCUCCGGUCACAAUUCCCUCAUUUUCUCUCUGCAAAAAUCACCGAUACGCGUAAAUUAGAGAGAGUAAUGGGAUAACACUCUCCCUUCAUCAAAAAGCCCAAUUUCUCUCUCCUCGUUCGUUUUCUCCGACAACGAAACCCUAGGGUUCGAGUGAUUUCAAGUGUUGUGAAAGCUGAGGAGAGAGAGAUGUACAAAGAAAGGAGAGGUGGCGGUGGAUCGAAGGCGGAGAUGGGACAUGUAGUAGGUGAUAGGAAGAGAUUAAAUGAAGCGUUGGAUAAGCACUUGGAGCGGUCCUCUCCCUCUACCUCCACUACUACUGUUAGGUGUGCUAACGGAAAGGAUAAUCGCUUUUCCAUUUCCAAAUCAAAGGACCAGCUCAGGAACUCUGCUGCUCCACCUCCUGAUAAUAAGUGUUCUGAUGCAGAAUCUGAAACGGACAGUGAGGCAUCAGACAUUAGUGGUUCUGAAGGAGAAGACACUUCAUGGAUCUCAUGGUACUGCGGCCUACGUGGGAAUGAGUUCUUCUGUGAAGUUGAUGAUGAUUACAUCCAAGAUGACUUUAACCUGUGCGGUCUAAGCAGCCUUGUUCCGUAUUAUGACUACGCACUUGAUCUGAUUCUAGAUGUUGAAUCUUCUCAUGGUGAUAUGUUUACAGAAGAACAGAAUGAACUAGUUGAAUCAGCAGCAGAGAUGCUUUAUGGUCUAAUUCAUGCUCGCUACAUAUUGACAACAAAGGGACUCGCUGCCAUGUUGGAGAAGUACAAGAAUGCUGAGUUUGGGAGAUGUCCAAGAGUUUAUUGCUGUGGACAACCAUGCCUCCCUGUUGGUCAGUCAGACAUUCCUCGACAAAGCAGGGUGAAUAUAUACUGUCCUCGAUGUGAAGAUGUGUAUACACCUCGGUCAAGAUAUCAUGAGAACAUUGAUGGAGCUUAUUUAGGAACUACGUUCCCGCACCUAUUCUUGAUGACAUACGGACACCUCAAGCCACAGAAGAUUUCUCAGAGCUAUGUUCCCAGAGUGUUUGGUUUCAAGGUCCACAAGCCGUGAUCCUGGUAGUGACCUACUGGCAAUUGUAUCCAUAUUAAUGUGCUAGGAGAGGUAAUACUUUUAAUAGCACAUCUAGAAUUAUUAAGGUUCUGUUGUAGGUUCUCUAUUCUCCUACAGGCUUUCGAAGAUACUGUAACGAGUUAACUUGAGCUACUUAUGUAUGGAGAUACUUUCCAUGCUAAAAUUUGUGGUGUCAGAAUCUCAGACUGCAUUACAUACUUUUUUGUUGUCCGAGUUUUA